GCAGCAGCAGCGGGAUAAGGAGGCGUCCAGGGCAAAAUCCGCCUCGGUGCGUCCCCUCCCGGCCCGACCCGGCCCGCCGGAGGCGUUCACCUUGCGCGGGGCGAGCGGGGCCGCAUGGAGCAGCCCGGGCGCGCCGCCCGCCUCGCCAGCGCCCCCCGCCCCGCGCCAUGAAGCUGCUUUAGCCGCGGCGGAGCCGAGCGGAGCCCCGCACCUCCUGUCCGCCCCGCUGCCCGCCGCCCCCAUGGCGAAGGAGAAGAGCAGGAAAGCGCUGCUGGAGCUGCUCCAACGGCCGGGCAACGCGGCGUGCGCCGACUGCGCCGCCCCGGACCCAGACUGGGCGUCCCACAGCCUGGGGAUCUUCAUCUGCUUGAACUGUUCAGGAAUCCAUCGCAAUAUCCCCCAAGUCAGCAAGGUGAAGUCGGUCCGUCUGGAUGACUGGGAUGAUGCUCAAGUGGAGUUUAUGGCCUCCAAUGGGAACAAUGUAGCAAAAGCAAAAUACGAGUCUAAAAUGCCACCGUUUUAUUACAAGCCAACAUUUCUUGACUGUCAGCUGCUGCGGGAACAGUGGAUCAGAGCCAAAUAUGAGCGGAAAGAAUUCAUUCACAGCGAGAAGCAGGAGCCUUAUUCUGCAGGGUACCGAGAAGGGUUUCUGUGGAAGAGAGGACGUGACAAUGGGCAGUUCCUGAGCCGGAAGUUCGUCUUGUCGGAGAGGGAAGGCGCACUGAAGUACUUCAACAAAAACGACGCAAAAGAACCCAAAGCAAUUAUGAAGAUUGAACACCUAAAUGCAACUUUCCAGCCUGCGAAAAUAGGGAACCCACACGGACUGCAGAUCACUUAUUUGAAGGACAAUAGCACAAGGAACAUCUUUGUCUAUCAUGAAGAUGGCAAGGAAAUCGUGGAUUGGUUCAAUGCCAUCCGGGCAGCACGUUUCCAUUACUUACAAGUGGCAUUCCCUGGAGCCAGUGACGUUGAUCUGGUGCCAAAGCUUUCUAGAAACUACCUGAAGGAAGGGUACAUGGAGAAAACGGGGCCAAAGCAAACAGAAGGAUUCAAGAAGCGAUGGUUCACCAUGGACGACCGACGGCUCAUGUAUUUCAAAGAUCCCCUGGAUGCCUUUGCUAGAGGGGAAGUUUUUAUUGGGAGCAAGGAAAACAGCUACAAGGUCCUGGAGGGGCUCCCAGCAUCCACACAGGGAAACCACUGGCAGCACGGGAUAACCAUCGUCACCCCUGAUCGUAAAUUCCUCUUUGCCUGCGAGACGGAGGACGACCAGCUGGAGUGGAUCACCACCUUCCAGAAGGUCAUCAGCCGGCCCAUGCUGCCUCAGGAAUAUGCAGUGGAAGCCCAUUUCAAACAUAAACCUUAGCUGGGACUGGCUGGGCAGACCUGAGGAGCGAGAUUCUGUUUACAACACAACGUGGUUUUAUUUGAAAUGUUAAAAAUAAUGAAUAAUAAUAAUAAUAAUAACAGUAAUAAUAAUAAUAAUAAUAAUAAUACUUCCCUUUCCCCUCAUCAUUCACUUGAUCAUGUCGGAAACCAAGAAGGGUGACAGCAAAAUGUUGGAGAAGAUGCUGAUCCAACCCAAAAUUCAGCUCUGUGGCUGCUCUGUGGGAUGCAUUGCUGGGACAGCUGGUCCUGAGACUCUAUCACCCUACACCCCCUGAAAGGGCUGUCCCACCUGCCUUUGGUGGGAUGGCAAAGACUCUUGGGGACACAUAACUGGGGCAGAUGGGGCUUUGGUCUCUGAGGGCCUAAGCUGACCACCUCUGCAGCCCCAGCUCUCUGCCAGCCCUUCCUGUGGGGGCUGUGGGUCCCUGAGUGGUGAUGUCCUCAUGGGAUGUGAAGCCUCAACCUGGAAACACCCAAAGUGGUGAUGUGCAGAAUGCCAGAGCCUCCUGAUGGCAUCAGGGUAACUCUCCUCCCCUGGGGAGCUGAGGUGAAGCUGUACCCAGCUAGGGUCAGCCAGGAGUUAAUCAUUGGCUUCAUUACCAGCUUUAGGAGGGGCAGGGGGGAAGAGGAGGCUGUGUGCUUAGGGUGGACAGAACAGCUUCCCCCCAGCCCUGCAUUGAGCCAUGAGAUGAUGGCAGGGAAGGAAAGCUUUUGGGGUUGGCGCCCACUGCGCUCCCUGGGUCGUUCCCAUUUCAUGGUUCAGGGAUGUUCACCCCAUUUUGGGGGAGCCUGCUGUGGGUUUGGGAGGUGGGGGCUGAGCAUUAGGUGCUGUUUUGCCGACAGGAACCACAAUAAGCCUGUCCCAGCCCACCCCUGGAAGGCGCAUCCCUCUGGCUAACAGCACGUUGCUUCUCCAGACUGGUGGUUGCACAUUU